AUGGGACAGGGCCUCAAAGCGUGGCCCCGGUACCGCAUCGUGGGCACGGCCGACUCGGGCCAGUACAAUCUGGAGAUCAGCCAGGCCGAGCUCUCCGACGACGCCGUCUACGAGUGCCAGGCCACCGAGGCCGCGCUGCGCUCGCGCCGCGCCAGGCUCACCGUGCUCAUCCCCCCUGAGGACCCCACGAUCGACGGCGCCCCCGAGAUCCUGCUGAGGGCGGGGACCCCCUACAACCUGACGUGCCGCGCCCGCAGCGCCAAACCCGCCGCCAGCAUCGCCUGGUUCCGUGACGGGCAGCAGCAGGACGGGGCUGUCACCACCACGGUAUGGCUGUCCCCAGAAUUGGCCGGGCAGGCGUGGGCGUGGCAGGAGAACGUUCUGGAAGCGGGGACGCUGGAGCGUUACACGGUGGAGAGGAGCAACACGGGCAGCGGCGUCCUGUCCACGCUCACCAUCAACAACGUCAUGGACGCCGACUUCCAGACGCGCUACAACUGCACGGCCUGGAACAGCUUCGGGCCCGGCACCGCCAUCAUCCAGCUCGAGGAGAGAGAGGUCCUGCCCGUCGGCAUCAUCGCCGGGGCCACCAUCGGCGCCAGCGUCCUCCUCGUCACCUUCCUGGUGGCCCUCGCCUGCUUCCUGUACCGGCGCCGCAAAGGAAGCCGCAAGGACGUGACCCUGCGCAAGUUGGACGUGCAGGUGGAGACGGUGAACCGAGAGCUGCACACCGAGGACGACACGGCCAGCGUGGCCACGGCCAGCCGGGUCAUGAAAGCCAUCUACUCGGUCUGGGACACCUGGGGACGCUCGGUGCUGUUCCCCGAUUUCCGGGGCCCCGCGGGCGCCGCUCGUUUCGAGGCGCGGCCGCCGUCGCGCGUCUCCCACUGCAGCGCCUACGCCCAGCUCAGCUCCUUCCCCCGCGCCGACUUCUCGGCCGAGCCCGCGGCUCCCGACGCCUCCAGCCAGGUCUCGUACGACGCCUUCGGCGGCGCCGGCGCCUUCCCGGCCGCGUUCCCCCCGUUCCGCCUGGGCUUCGGCGCCCCGGCCGUGCUGGAGCGCGGCGCCUACGAGGCCUACGAGGCCAAGCUGGGCGGCGCCGGCCGCUUCUCCCUGGCGUCGCAGCACUCGGACUACGGGCAGCGCUUCCAGCAGAGGAUGCAGACGCACGUUUAG